AUGUUCUUCUGGGUGGUGGCUGCACUGCUGGUGGCCAUCGCUAUCGUGGUGACCCCAGCAGGUAAACUGGCGGCGGCCAAAUGCCAGCUGUAUGCUCAUGGCGUUGUCUUCAUGGCCAAGGCAGAGGAUCUGCCAAAGACGUACAGCGGCACCAAUUACAUACGCAUGAACACCGUCGGUGACGGCACUGGAGGCAAGCGAAUGAUUCGUGUCAUUUUCAUCCGCCACGGGCAGUCCGUGUGGAAUUCGCUCUUCAACUCGUGCAAUCUCGGCUUGCCCGUGCGCGUGGCGAAGGCGGCAGCUCGCGAGUUCACCGAUUUCUUUACGGACCCAUUUGGCUCAUGCAUUAUCGACUCCCCGCUGAGCAGCAAAGGCAAGAGAGAGGCGCGGGACCUCGCCAGCUUCAUGCGUACGGCCAAGACCAAGAUCUCCUUCGAUCCAACAAUGUCCGUGGUGGUGUCUAGCAAUCUGCGCCGCGCUAUGGAGACGGCGCUCAUCGGCGUGUCGCCGCGUCUGACGGUAACGCAGGAGCGAAUCGUGAUGGACUCGUCGCUGCAGGAGGGCUCGCAGAACAUCGACGCCCAAAGCCUCUCGACCGAGCCUGGGAAGAUUGCGCCAUGUAAACUCGGCACCAUCACCGAUCCUUUGAAGCUCGCUGUCGCCUUCAACCCCUACCUGAACGCUGGCAACCGAGUGGCCGGCGUGGACGUUUACCAGCGCAUGGAUGAGUUCAUUAUGCACCUGUUUGGCGGCAGUGGUGAAGCGAAUCUUGUCCCAGCCGCCGGGGGCAGCAACGCUGCCCUGAAGGAGGUGAUCGUGGUGGGCCACAGCGGGUACUUCCGCAACUUCUUCCGUCGCUUUCUCCCACCGCAUUCCACUCACGUCUCUAAGAAGAGCAAGAUGCAAAACUGCGCCGUCGUAGCGUUUGAACUGACACGUGACGAGUCCAACGGCGAGGUUGCCGUGGAUGAGUCAACGUUAAAGGUGUUGUACAAAGGAUUCGCUUAA